AUGGCAGCGACAAUCACACAACUAAUCCUCUUUUUCACACUCUGUUUCACCACUACGGUGAAGAGCGUUCCCAACACGAACACAAGGAGCGUCCUCUGCAACUCCGGCGAGUACACCGGCGGCGACCCUUUCGCCAUCAGCCUAGCUUAUGUUCUUCAAGAGCUCCAGACCGAGACGCCGGCGAGAAAGAGCUAUGAUUACUACAAUAUUUCCCCUUACCCCAACGCCUUCGCCUACGGCCAUGCCACCUGCAACACGAAUCUCACCAGCCCAGAUUGCACAACUUGCCUGGGAGCCGCCAACGCCACCGUGACGGCCUCCUGUAGCCGCCGCAUCGGCGGCCGUGCCCUCCUCUUUGACUGCUCCAUCAGGUAUGAGCAGUACCCUUUUAAGGAAUGA